CAGUGUUUCAUUAUUUUAUGAGAAUUACAAAUGAAUCCAACAACAUUGAAAAAUUGGUUGUUGCGCGGGGAGUUGGAAAAACUUGAAAAUAUUGUAUUGGAGGGACGUGGAGCACGUUUGUUGGGUGAACAUUCACUGGAUCUUAGAACUCGUGUCUUCCUUAAGGGAUUACCGAAUUAUUUGACGAAGAUAUCUCAAGCACACGACGCUGUUACGCGUGGUUCAUUGGUUGAAACUCAAAGGAUCAUAACAGAAGAACCAAAAAAAAAAUUGGCUAUAGCUAAAGAUCCUUCAGGUAUACCGCUCAUACAUAAAGCGGUUUAUUACGAUCAACCAGAAAUAGUCUCAUGGCUCGUUAAUAAUUAUCCAAUUACGACUCAACAAAAAGACAAAGAAGGUAGAACUGCAUUACAUUAUUGUGCUGCCUGUAAAAAUCCUGGUACAGUUUGGGACAUUUUGAUAGAGGGUGGCUGUGACGCCAGUGUUUGCGACAAACGUGGAAAUCCGGCAGCAUAUUAUUUGGAACACAGUUCUGAAGUUGAAUUAGCUGAGACAGAAAAAAUGCCUAAUAGAAAAUUCAGUACUACAAAAGAAGGCUUUGACUUCAAACCUUCCAAUAUAAGAAUAUGGAUACACAAUCGAGAUAUCAAAAAAUUGCAGCAAGUACUUUGGGAAGGUCACGGUGGUAAAUUAAGAUGCGAGACCAGCAACAAUCCGAGGGUGAAAAAGUUUUUGGAAGCAGUACCUUUCAUAAUGGGUACUGUGAAAGAUAUACACGCAGCAACGGUGAAAAAUGAUUUGGAGGGUCUGAAAAAAAAAUUGGAAGAUCCAGUCUCGCCUAUUAUUUUGUGUAGCAAGGAUGCAAACGGUUUAAAUGUUUUGCAUAAGGCUGCCGGAUUGGGUUAUUUGGAAGUUGCACGUGAAAUUCUUGAAAGGUAUCCUUCGGUAGUAACGGCUCAAGACAACGAAGGUAAAACACCGUUACAUUACGCGGCUGCUUUGAAGGACGAUGGUACCAUGUACAAUCUUUUAACUGAAUAUGGAGCUGACGAAAGUAAAUUAGACAAUAAACAAAAGGAAGCAGCUUUUUAUAAAAACCGUCCAUCCGACGUGGACCUUUCCAAUUUAGUCGUAGUACCAGAAGCUCCACGAGUAUCGAGUACAUCCUAUCCAAAAAAUUGGGAUUGGAGAAUUUUAGAGGCAGCCGAAUCGGUUACUCGUGCUGGUCCAAAGAAAUCUUUAAGUAAUAACGACGUUGACAGUGCAUUCGAAAGCAUAGAAUCACCAACAAAGAGUUCAGCCGAGACUACAGAGGAAGAGACCAAAAUUGAAACGGAAAAGAAUGAUUUGCCGAUAGAAGGUGACGAGGGUCUACCCGAGUCUUCUGUUUCCGAACCAGCAUCAGAUAACGUUAAAGUAAACGAAGAAACGGAAGAAAAAUCAUCCGACGACGAUGUUAUUACUGGUGCUAAAGACGAGGAAGAAACUAAGGAAGAAACUAUGGAAAAUGAGGCGGAAGAACAACAACCACAAGAAACUGAAGAAUCUGAGAUAGUUGAAGGUGAAAUAACAAAUAAUGAACCGAUUCUUACCGAUCAUGAGGAGAGGAAUGAUCCUAGUACCGGUGAUUCUGGAGUCGAUGAUCCAACAAACGAAGAAGAUCAGGUCAUCGUUGGUGAACACGAAGAAUUACCUGAAACGGAAUUGAACGAGGGUAGCAUGAUCUUGGAUCCGGAAGUAGAGAAUUUAUUGGAGAACGGAAAUAUGGAACAAUUGGCAGCGUUGGUGUUAAACGGUGAAGGACGACGAUUAGUUGGUCGGCAAUCGAAUAAUCCUGAACUUCAAGCUUUCAUCGACAACGUGCCAGCUUAUAUGGGAAAAAUUCAUGCCGUACAUAUGGCAGCCCGAGAAGGAAAUCUGAGAGAUUUGCAAAGUGCAUUGGAUCGUCGCAAAUUUGCCAUUGCAAGAGACGGAUCUUCUCCUCACGGUGCAACAGCACUUCACGUUGCUGUAGUAUUCGGAAAUACCGCUGUUAUUAGAUAUCUGGCAGGAAGAUUCCCGGAAACGGCACAUGCGAUCGAUCUCGACGGUAGAACGCCAUUGCAUUAUGCAGCAACUUUAGCCGAUAACGGUCACUAUUACAAUCUUUUACUUCAUUUAGGAGCUAAUCCUCUUGUAAAAGAUAACUUAGGAAAUAAGGCGGAUCAUUACAAAGUAAAUCAGGAUGACCUAUCGCACAAAAGACUACUUCGCGAUUUUGGGGCCAGCGAAAAACUAGCCGAAGAAAUGUUGACGGACAAAGUACCUGGAGGUGACAAAUACUCGGCCCGACGUGACACGAAUGAACCGGAAACAUUGGCGACCUUGGAGAGAUGCUUCCGUUUAUUGGCUGGCGCUAGAAGAAACUCGGCACCUAGGACACCCUCGAAUCCUGACGAUAAUCAACUUGAUAUUCCUAUAUUUCGUACAGAGGAAGGUCGUUAUUUAGCAACAUCAUUGGGUGAUCCACUGAUCAAGGGUCUAACAGAAGUAGCCAAUGCACGUCCAAACGAUCCAGUCACCUAUUUGGCCACUUAUUUAUAUAAUUUUGCCAGCAGUAAUAAAAACGACAGUCAAAGGGAAUCUAACGUUCUAAUAAUACCUGAACGUGACAAUGAAUUUCUCGAGAAUCCUGGCAAUGAAAACGGAGGAGAGGAGGAUGCAGGUUAUCCUCAAAGUCCAGAUUCCGAUGUACCAGAGUCAACUUUUAGCAAUCCAAACAGAGACGAGCAUGGACAAAGUAUGAUACAUUUUGCAGCUGUACGUUCUUAUUCGAAAGAUGGUUUGUAUCAUCUUUUGCAAGAGACGCAGGUCAACGUUGGAUUUAGGGACGAAGUUUAUCGAACGGCUAGGGAUGUUGCGGAACAAGCUAAUAUCCGUGAAAAUGUGGAAGAAAUCGAUCGUUGGGUCGUUUAUUUAGCUGCCAGAGGAGAAACCGAAAAAUUAGUAGAACUUUUGUUGGAAGGUUACGAUCACAUUUUCGACGCGCAAGAUGGUGAAAUGAAUAUCGUUGAAAUCGCAAACGAGAGGAAUCACGAAGCAACUGUACAAUUUUUACAAUCGAUACCUAACUACGUGGAUCAACGGGAGGAAGUACACCGUGCCAUACGUUCGGCAGAUGUUGCCAAAGUGAAAGAAUUGUUAAAUAAAAAUAACGGCGGUGGAAAGUUAUUAGCUGUUGGAAAAAACAUAACCGGACGGUGUGCUCUUCACAUCGCAGUAUUACGAGAAAACGAAGAAAUUGUUAGAAUAAUCGCUAAAACGUAUCCGGAAACAUUAAGAAUCGGCGACAAUUUGGAAAGAACUGCUCUUCACUAUGCAAUGGGAGUACCGUCGGUUGAAAUUUUAAGUAGCAUUCUAAUAAAAGCAGGUGCUAAACGAAUCAUCAAAGAUUUGAAAUCACGACAACCUUCGUAUUAUUUCAUGAACAAAUCGGACAUCGAGAGACUUCAGGAAGAAGAAGAAGCUAUGAGCAAAUAGCGGCUGACAAGACGAAUCCAAUGAUGUGCAACAUUAAUAUUUUUGAAGAACAACGAAGGUCAAAACUUGCGAACAAGCCGGCCACAAUACAGCUCUUCAGCGUCAUGAUCGUGUCGUGGUCACGUCAGGGUUGCGUCAGGGUUGCGUCACCUUUAGUUGUUCCGACAACGGACGGAACAGAUAUUUUCCGAAUAAUUUUUAUUGGUCAUUGCCAGGUUUUGUAUUUAAUACUGCACAUCAUUGAAUUCGUCUUAUCAGUCCCUAUCUGAAAAUAAGUAUUAUUAUAUAACUUUGUAUUUAAAAAAACAAAAUUGACUAAUAAAUCUCGAAAAUGACUCAACCCAGCAAAAAAAACUAAUGUCAUUAUAUAGUCCUGAAAUUUUUAUGCAACUUUUUCCUUAUCCACUUUUCCGCUACUAUCAUACUUUCGGAGCUGUUUAGGUGGCAAGAGCUGAUGUAUCACCCUGUAUAUUAAAUUGGGGAAAAGGAAAUACAUUAUUUUUUCGGUAGAUGACUGUAGUGAUUUGGUAUUUGCAGCAAUGAACUGUCGAGUUCCUAACGCCAAUUAAUAAUAAUAAUAAUUCUAUCUAAUGGCUAGGUACAGUAUACCUAAUAUUAAAAAAAUUUACAUAUUUUAUAUUUCCCUCCAAAAUGCUAGAUAUUCUACACAAUGACUGCUUUUUAUACAUUGCCUGUAAAAUGCACAUAAUAAUGAUAAGAAUAAAAUAUCUAAAGAACUUAGAAUAAAGUAAAUGAAAUUAUGUAACUAAAAAAGAAGGUGAUACAAGUUACAUUUUCUUAAAAUUUGAGAUGAUAAGAUAAUGUUUACUUUAUAAUUAUGCAUUAAUCUCAAAUUUAAGAAAAUGUUAGUUAUACUCUAUUCCUUUCCAAUUGGAAUUAAUUGUAAGUAAUAUUA